CCGGUGGUGGCUGGAGUUGGUCCGUCGGAGUCGUCCUCUUUCUCCGCAGUGUCCGCGGCAAGAGUUUUUGGCGGGCUCUUUGAUUUCUGGGAAAAUGCCCAAUGUUAUGGGCAGGCCCACCUGUUUUGGGCCCAAUUAAUUGUGCGGUUUGGAAAAAUAAAUAAAUAAAUUAUGCGCACGUGUUAGAUUAAAACUACAAACUAUAAAGAAUAAAAGUUGAUCAACACAGUAAAUUACGCGCUCUUCCCGCUUCCUCUUCCAUCCCAGUCGAACACUCCGCCGUCGCCACCGCCGCCGUGGACUCGAUUUUAAACGCGUCGUUAGAAGAAAUCUGCUUGGAGGGCCGAAACGGUCUCGCCAUAUCAGCCCUCUGGUCCAGACUCGAGUCCUCUCUUUCCUCCUCCAAUUUUUCUGAUCACGGAUUCAAACAAGCCUUAUGGGCGGAGCUCCGGUCAGUCCCGACCCUCAAAUUCCUGAACCAGAUGCAAAAUCCCCGGUACUGCAGCCCAACGGAUUCUUCAAUCCAGUCCUUCCAAGACGCCGAGAAACUCGACCUGAAGCUCGUCGCCGAUCAGCCUCCAAGGAACAGCUUCCUGGGCCUCUACAUUGCCCAACCCGCCGUUGAAAACCUCUGUUCGUAUCAGCGCCGAACCCUCGAAAGAGUUUCCACCGCUAGAACGGAUGGAAUUACACAAAGUCAACUUUCCAAGGAAUUGGGCAUUCUAGGCGAAAACUAUUUCUACAAAGUGAGAAAGCUUGAAUGUCAAGGGUUAAUUGCGAAGCGACCUGCAUUGGUGAGGAAAAAAAAUCCUGAUGACGAAGGCCACUCGAGCAAUAAUUUGAGCGUGACUACCAAUUUGAUAUACUUACAUCGCUAUGCAAAUGAUUUGGGCUCUCAACAAGAAGUUGAGAUCACAAAGGUAGAACAGAAUACAGAGAGUUUUGGAAAUGCAAAAGAAAUCCCUGCAAGUGGAGAUGGAUUUUCGGGAAAUGGAGUUAAAGAUAAUGUGCUUGUAAAUGACUAUUUAUCAGCAACGAAGGCAGUCUGCGAUAAGCUCAAAGAAUCCAAUGGCAAGGUUCUUGUUUCGGAUCUCAAGAAAGAACUUGGUUACAGCGGAACACGUUCAGGAAAUAGAGCGUGGAGGAAGAUUUGUUGCAGAUUGGAAGCUGCUCAUAUUGUGAAAAAGUUUGAGGCUCAAGUAAAUGAGAAGGUUGAGCAAUACCUUGUUUUGCUAAAAAAGUUUUGUCCAAAGAGUCUCAAGCCAAAAAAUCUUGGGCAGGUGAAAAUCGUAAAGAAAUAUCAAACUGCUCAUCUGCUUGCGGAACUUCCGAUUGAGCAUCAAAUUCAAGAAUUGAUUAAUGCUACAGGAUCAGAGGGUAUCAUUAUGUCUAAUGUGAGUGCAUUGUGUGUUACUCUUUGUUCGGGUAAAUGCAUUAGGAGUGCUUCGUUAGAGCCGCUCUGUGUGAUUUCCAAGAGGCUUGGAAUUGGCAGGAAAGAGAGUGAUAAGUGGAUUGAAAGUAUGUGCUCUAGGUUUGGGAUGAUUAAGAAGAAACAACGAAACAAAAAAGUCAAUGAAUAUCGAGUUUGGGCACGAGGGAAAUGCAAUUUCAAAUCAGCCAAGGCAUUCUUUAAUCAAUCAGAAAAUGACAACACAACAACAACAACAACAACGCCUUAUGUUAGCGGUGUAGAUACUCUUGAUAGGACAGAUCAAAUUCAAAAUCAUUCAACUUUGACAGAAACGGAAACACAUGAUGCCGCAUCAGAUACACCACUUUCAGUCUUGAAGCCACGUCUGACUUUGACAGUGGACAGUGCCAGAAAGGAAGAAAGCAUGCUAGAACAGGUACAGGUUCUUGUCCUCAUCCUUGCCUUGAAGAAUUUUCUGGUCAUCUUAAUAAUAUUCGUUAUCUUUAUGUUUGUUACUCAUUCAAUAUAUGUACACAGUCGUCCAAUUAAUGCAUGUUUACGAUAAUUGCUA